AUGUUCAAGGCUCUUCUCACCAUGAGCUUUCUAUUUGAAGGUUUUUGGGAUACAAAGAACAUAGGCCUUGAGAAAGACUUGAAGCCAUUUCGCAGAUACUGUCAAUCGGCAUACAAAUUCGUACCAAAGGCAGAAAACUACAAUCUUGAAAAGCUAUUUGUGAUAUUUAGGCACGGCGCACGAACUCCGGUUAGAAAUCUCGCCAGGAUGUGGGACAGCCAGGAAUGCAUGCGCUGUAGCUUCGAUAAUGGCACAAUACUAAACUGCGAAAGAAAGGGGUGUGGUGAGGGAGAUCUAACGUAUAGAGGAUUUGAGCAAAUGGUCACCCUUGGAAGAUUUAUAAAGAAGAACUAUAAGCCACUGCUCUUCGACAAAAAGAUAAAGAAAGAGAACAUAAAGAUGAGGGCCACAAAAAUACCCAGGACGCAUUCCUCUCUGGCCGGAGUUAUGAAAGGUCUUACUGGAGACACCGUGGUAGAGAAUGUAGAAGUACCUGAAAAUAAUGAUACUUUGCUGAAUAUGUUGGGAUGCAAAACCCAAAAGGACCGGGACGAUGUCACAAAGCUGUUUGACAGGCCAAGCAUCGUCCAAGACAACCAAGUCUUUACUCGCCACCCAAAGCCACAGGAAAGAGCAGAUCAUUAUUACGCCUGCCUAUGUAGCAGGAUAAACAUAGACUGUAAAGAGCUAAACUGCGAAAUACAAAGCAUAGCAGACCACAUGAAGGCAGCAAAUGAUGCCUGGACAUACAUGGUAAACAUCGGGGCUAAGGAUGAGGAGGGAAGGAAAUCUCUGUUGGGAAGAUUUGCAAGAGACCUGCUACUUGACAUCGGGGAGGAGAAGCAGAUACUGCUUUAUUCUGCUCACGACUCCUCUAUAAGCGCAAUACUGGCAGGUCUCGACACAGGAAUAUCUGAAUGGCCUUCAUAUGCAUCAGCGUUGUUUAUUGAGAUAUGGUGUAACACGGGAAAACAAUAUGUCCGGAUGGUGUUCAACAGUAGAGUGAUCAAGCCAAAGUCCUUCUACGACGACUAUAUUCCUGUGAGAGACUUCAUGGGGCUGUUGAAGAGUAUUACUUCUGACGCUUCAGAUAAGAACUCGAAAAAAUCAGAUACCGAAAAUGCAGGGAAGUCCAAGGAAGACAGCAAAGAGGCGGAUAGAGCGCCAAACCCCUCCUAG